UCUUUUGGGGUAUUUUUUUUUUUAGCAGAGUGAGAGAGGGAUGGAGUGAAGUGUCUCUGUGAAAUAAACGAGUGUAAACACAAGCACUCUGGUUCAAAGAGUGAUCUAUGACAUGUCACGCGCACUCGUGCGUCACCUUCAAAACUCACUUCCUUCCGUCAAGUGUUUCUGACAAAUGGGACAGAACAGACACCUUCAUGGGAAUUAUUAGGCAACCAGAACAAAGUGUACAGACAUGCAUGCAAACAUUCCAAUCUGGAUUAAUCCAGGAGGGGGAAAAAACCAACAAAAAAACCCCCCAACAACCUUUGUUUUAGUCAUUUAGAGGUGGUUUAAACAUUGCAAGGUCGCGACCCAUCGGUUGUAUAAAAAAAAAAAGAGAGAGAGAGAGAGAGAGAGAAAAAAAAGUUUCGUCACACUUCGUCAGUGCCGCACGAGUCAGGCGCCUCCAGUCCACAAGCACCUUCUCCUCGGAGGUUUACCGCGAGGUCUUCUGUUCCUAUCUCACGCUGAAUCCGACCCAAGUGGAGAGAGGCUCGUUGAUCACAGGAUAGUUUUUGUGUUGUGUAAUCGGAUUACAGAUCCCUGUGCGUCUCUGUACCGCCUGUCAGAUGCCAUGUGUGAGCCGAAAGGACGAGGGAUUCGAACUAAACACCACCAAGACAUGAACAGCCUUCCUGUCUUAAUUAUCUUGUGUUUCACUACAGGUUUGACUGUGGGUCGAAAGGUGUCACUACCACCAGGCCCUUUGAUCCGAGUGGAGGGAGAGGCGCUGUCGUUACGUUGUGAAGUAUCGGAUUAUGAGGGCCCCAUGGAGCAGGACUUUGAAUGGGAAGCAACAAAAGGGUCAGAAACCAUUCAGGUUGUCUCCACUUUCGACUCUUCAUUUCCAGACCAGUCUUUAAAGGCCCGGGUGUUAACUGAUGACAUCAGUUUGGAAAGAAUUGGAGAAAACACAGUGGAGCUGAGGAUUAAAGAAGCCAGGCUGACUGACAGUGGCACUUUCACUUGCCGUACCCUCAGCACUGAUUCUGUUAUCAGUGGAAACUAUGCGGCAGAUGUGCUGCUGAGAGUAAUUCCUAAUACACUGGUUGUGGUUCCUGAAGUACCAAUGCCUUCAGUCCAUGAGGGCAGACGAAUUGAUCUUCGCUGCAACAUCACUCAAGACUUCAGUGAAGGAAUUUACCUAUCAGUUACAUGGUCUGUUAAAAAGAAUCAGUCACUAGAGCAGGAUCUCCUUACGUUUGGACCUGAUUCCAGUGUUACCGUUGGAGAGAAUUUUAUCCAACGCUAUGCAGAUGGUGAAAUGCGUCUGCACCUGGACAAUACUGGUUCCUAUAGCCUGGUGCUCUCUGGAACACUGCCUGCAGAUCAGGGGAUGUAUUUGUGUACUGCCAAACAGUGGACCAGAGAGGAGGGUACCUGGAACAGUAUACAGGAAAAGAGUGAGGUCAUUGGUGAAGUGGCUGUUAUACCAACAGCUGAAUCCUUCACUGUACAGGUCCUGGAUAGUCCCAUCCUUAACAUCGGAGACAAUCUGAAUCUCACUUGCUUGGUUUCUGCAGAUGACCUUGCUGCCUUAGGUCUUGAGGUGACAUGGCUCCUAAAUGGCACACAGAUUCUUGCCCACCUUAGUCGAGACGGAGUGGUGGCAAAAACUUCAGAUAUAUUUAGCAUUAGCCAGGUUGCAGAGGGUGAAUUCAGACUGGACAUCCACAGCGUUGAGCUAUCUGAUAAGGGACUUUACUCAUGCAGGGUUAGGGCAUGGAUACAAAAGAGCUGGAACACAUGGUACCGGGCUGCAGAGAAGACAUCAACCCCUGUACAAGUGGUGGUCAUCCCAAGAGAUCCAGCACUAACUGUGACUCUUACAUCUCCAGUCAUUGCCCAGUCUUUGGGUGAUUCCACAGAACUUGUGUGUCAAGUGUCCAACGUUUCCCACUUGUGGAGUAAACGAUUGAGUGUCUGUUGGUUCUAUUCAGCUGUCUCAUCUAGUGGUGAUCAGGUUGGCACUGAUGUUAUUGCCUCACUGAAUGAAAAUGGGGCUGUCAAUCCCAGUGAUAAAUAUAGGAACCGCAUUGACUCUGGUCUCAUCCUGGUAACUCGAGUUGAACCAGCUACAUUUAAGCUCCGCCUGCUCCACACCACAAAUGCAGAUGUGGGUGAAUACGUUUGCAAUGUCACAACAUGGACACUCACUCGUCAUGGUAUCUGGAAAUAUACAUCAGAACAUGAAGCUCAGGCACUAAAAGUCAGCUUGGCCUCCAAGGGCCCUGUCAUCAGUGUGAUCGCCCACCACAAACAACAAGCAACUUUCAUUGGCUCCACUUUUGAAAUGAGCUGCCUGGCUAAACUUAAGAACCUUUGGAAGGGUGUGGCACUCUCUGUCCUCAUAAUGGUCCAGUAUGAUGUAGAUUCACCCAGUCGCAAAGUUGCUUCACUCAGCCCUGACCUGGUUCUCACUUUAGAGGACUGGAUUGACCCUAGUCGGCAGAAAAGCCUGAGUCUUGUGAAGACUGGCAGCAUGGAGUUCUUAUUCCGAAUCCUGAAUGUGCAGAUGAUGGACAGGGGAUUCUACUCUUGUGAAGUUGCAGCAUGGACUAAACCAGAUAAGAAUAACUGGGAGGAGGUGGUGAAAGGAGAGUCAAAUAAAGUUCAUAUUAACUUCAAGCUCACAAAACCAUCAUUUGAUCUUUACAUAACUUCAGACACGACCAGUGUUUACCCCUGGGAAACAGUUAAAAUGGAUUGUAUUAUUGGUGCAUCAGGAACUUCCAACACAGACAAUGUCGCAUACGAAAUACGAUGGUAUCGGAAUCAUUUACGAACAUCAGAUAGCUUGGUUCUGCUGGCUAGUAUGGAUCGUUGGGGUGUGGUGAGGAAAAGUCCUCGUAAUGACACCAGUGACUGCAGUGUGGAACGUCUCCGAACCCAAACAUUUGUGCUCACCAUUCAUGGCACCCAAGACAGUGAUGCUGGCGAGUAUUACUGCACCGCCACACCAUGGAUACGAUCGACCACAACAGAGGAUUGGAUACAAGAACCAGAGGUCAUAUCCGAGAAGGUCUUUCUAUAUGUCAGGUUUGCAGUGUGGGAUUCAAUGAAAUUACCGUUGCUUUAUGGGACAUGUACAUCGCUCACUGUGGGUCUCUUUUCUCUCAUUCUGGGCCUUCUCUGUUCUCUGUGCUGCUUCAGGAACACCACACAAACCACACACACUCCACACACACGCAUCAAGCUCCUCAAAAUCACAGACUGAUUGACAUAAACAAUCUACAUAAAGAAGAUGCUUGCACGCCUCUUCACCAAAGCAGCAACACGACUAAUGUUUCAGAGAUUACGUUUCUCUGUUAUUCAC